AUGGCGGCGCGGUGCACGGAGCGAGCCGUGCAGGAGUUCCUGAGGCAGAGAGGAGGACGGGUCCCGCAGAUGGAGCUGAUCGAUCAUUUCCUCUCACGGUCCGUGGCGGCGGCGGCGGUGGGGGAAGAUGCCCAGCCGGGGGGGGGAGGGGUGGACCGCGAGGGGCUGAGACGCGUCGUGGACAGCGUGGGCUUCGUGCAGGUGGAGGACGGGGUGAGGUUCGUGUGUUUGCAGGCGCAGGGCAGCGAGGGGGGGGCGAUGCGUGAGGACGGAGCCGAGCGGGGGGAGUGCAACGGGAACAUCCCGCAGAGCGAGGAGCACCGUGGGAACCGCAGCCCUGACAACAAGCACCAAACAGGUCCACCAACCAGUCCACCUGGUGCAGAGCUGGACAAUGACAGACAGUCCAAUGGAAACCAGCAACCUGCAGCCUCCUCCCAGAUGAAGGUCAACACAGGCACCCCGACGUCUGCUGGCAGAGUGGAGGUGAAGCUGAGGGACAGGAGGAGGCGGGAGUCGGCCCCGGUCAUCGGGAUGCCAGAGCUGGACCCGGCUCAUCCCGGGUGGUCCCUCAGUCAGCAGGUGAGAGGGUCACGGAGGGUGUCCAAAGGCUCCCAGAGGGCCAUGCUGACCAGCUGCCUGUCAGAGGACAGCACCUUGGAGGGGCUGGACCCCAUCGGAGAUAUCAACACGCCCAAGGGAAGUCGCAGGAACUUCAUAGAGCUGAUGAUGAGUUGCUCUCCACAGGUCCGGAGGUCCCUGAUCAACCGCGGCUCUCGCAUCCGGGACUCGAUAAGAAGUGAGGGAGAUACAAUAUCAAUCCUCUCCUCAGGCAAUGAUGAAGACUGUGCCUCGGUGACCCUCGACCCACUGGAGCACGAGUGGAUGCUGUGCGCCUCGGACGGCCUGUGGGAAAGCCUGCAGCCCCUGCUCGCUGUGGAACCCAGCCUCGUGGCCAAGAGGGACUUUGUGACGGGCUUCACCUGCCUCCACUGGGCGGCCAAGCAGGGCAAAGCCGAGCUGAUCUCCCAGCUGCUGGCCUUUGCCAAGGAGAAUGCUACACCUGUGAAUGUAAACGUGAGGUCGAGUGCUGGAUACACGCCGCUGCACCUGGCGGCCAUGCACGGACACACACAGGUGGUUCGCGUGUUGCUGUCAGACUGGGAGGCCGACCCGGAAGCUCGGGACUACAGUGGGAGGCGAGCCAUCCAGUACCUCUCCCCACCGCUGGCCGCCAACCUGCACGAGGAGGGACUGGUCACCUCACCGGGGGCGGAGUCAGACAGCGAAAACACGAAUGGCGGCAGUAGCAGCGGAAGGGGGCGUGGCUGGAGGUUUGUCAGAGCCCUCCAGGGCAACCUGAACCCGCUGCGGCUGCUGAACCCCCCAGCCGAGGCGGAGGAGGAGGCCGGGAAGACUAAAGGGGGAAUACAGAGGAAGUCGUCUCUGAGCCGGCUGAACGCCCGGCUGCACCGAGGGCGCCACAAGGCUCAGAUCAUCCACAGCGCCUCCUUCAGGGACGCGGGGGAGGUGGGGCGAGGGGAGGAGCUGCCCAGGACUCCCGUCCGCACCCGACCGCUGUCCAACCUGUUUGGAUGA